CAAGAACACAGUUUGGCAACCUGUGUUCGUAGUAAAUGUGUGUUGUGGAGAACAACACCUGACAGACAAGGGAACAACAGCUGAAGGAGGAGAAGGUCUGAGGAAGAGGCGGCAUCACGUAACGCGAGGUGAAAUUUGUACUUUAUUUUGAGGUGACCUUUGAGAAGAUGAGGCAAGUCAGGCAGAACUUCCAUGAGGACUGCGAGGCUGCCAUUAACAAGCAGGUCAACCUCAAACUUCACGCCAGUUAUGUUUUCCUUUCAAUGAGUUAUCACUUUGAGCGAGAUGAUGUAGCUCUCCCCGGUUUUGCAAAAUUCUUCAAAGAGGCAAGUGACAGUGAACGAGACCAUGCACAUCAGCUCAUGAAUUAUCAGAAUAAACGUGGUGGAGGUAUUGUUUUACAGCCCAUUGCAGCACCACCACAGCAGGAAUGGGGAUGUGCAGCAGAAGUUGUUCAGAUGGCACUUGAUCUGAAGAAGCGAAUUAAUCAAAGUUUCCUCGAGCUCCACUUGCUGUCGUCUACAAAGGAUGAUCCAUUCACUUGCCAUUUUAUCGAUGAUCACUUUUUGAUUGAACAUGUGGAAUCCAUAAAGAAAAUGGGCGACAUGGCGACGAAGUUGAAACGUGUUGGAGCAGCAGGUUUGGGGGUGCAUUUGUUCGACCAAGAGCUCCAGUAGUUUCUUGUAAAGGAUUUUCUGGAUACAUUACUUAGAUAUGUUUUACGAUUUAUAAGAUUUAUUCUGUGAUUUAUUCAUAUACAGUAAAUUGGGUUGUUAUUCUUAAAUGAUAACAUUUGGUAUGUAGACCCUUGCCAAAGAUAAAAGUAAUGAAUA